AUCCAACAUUCAUCUCUCUCCUUAAGACAUCCAUCAAGUUUCAGCAUCUAUGACACAGGCAAAACUAAGGUAUGCUGUUGUUACUGGGGCAAACAAAGGGAUAGGAUUGGAGACUGUUAACCAAUUGGCCUCAAAUGGAGUCAAGGUGGUGCUCACAGCAAGAGAUGAGGACAGAGGCCAUGAAGCCAUUGAGAGAUUGAAAGAGUGUGGUCUCUCUGACUUUGUGAUUUUUCACCAACUUGAUGUGACUGACUCUGCUAGUAUUGUUUCACUAGUAGAGUUUGUGAAGACACAGUUUGGGAGACUUGAUAUCUUGGUGAACAACGCAGGAAUCAGUGGUGUCAAUCCAUAUGAAACGGAAGGAUCAACAAUUAACUGGAAGGAACUGGCUCAAACUUGUGAGAUGGCAGAAAAGUGCCUAACAACAAACUACUAUGGUGCAAAGGAAACAACUGAGGCAUUUCUUCCCCUUCUUCAAUUAUCCAACUCACCUAGGAUUGUUAAUGUUUCCUCCCAAGCAGGAUUGUUAAAGGGUAUAGCAAAUGAAUUGGCCAAAGGGGUGUUUGAUGAUGCUGAAAAUCUUACAGAAGAUAGAAUAGAUGAGGUACUCAAAGAAUUCAUCAAAGACUUCAAAGAAGGUUCACUCAAAAAGAAAGGUUGGCCAACCUUCUUGUCUGCCUAUAUGGUCUCAAAAGCAGCCAUGAAUUCAUACACAAGGAUUCUAGCCAAGAAGCACCAAAACUUUUGCAUUAAUUGUGUGUGUCCUGGUUUUGUCAAAACAGACAUAAACAGAAACACUGGCUUCUUAUCCGUUGACCAAGGUGCUGCUAGUGUUGUGAGGUUAGCACUGUUGCCUAAUGCUUCCCCUUCUGGCCUAUUCUAUAGUAGGCAAGAACUGUCAAACUUUUGAAUGAUUUUAAAUGUAUUAGAAUCAUGCAGAUUCAAGAAUAAACACAAGAGAAUGUGUCUCUUGCUGACAUUUUUUUUUACCCAUUAUUUGUGUCAUUGAUAGGAGUUAGAAGAGAAAAUUAGUUAGUGACAAUUAGGGGGUCAGCGAUUAAAUAAACAGGGGAGUGGCUUCAUUCUGUUUUGUAUCUUUUGUAGAUUGAGCAUUAAAGGAGAAAUCCUUAAAGGAGAGGAUAUUUUCUGUUCUUUUGAUUAAAACAGUGAAAACAAUUUCUUUCUUUAA